GCGCAGCGGGGCCGGGGGACUUCAGCCGAGGGGCACCGCCUGCCAGGCGCAGCCUCCACUCUGCUCUGGCCUGACAUUCUGUCCCAGGUUUUCCCCCGAGCUGGCCUGGGGCUGAGAGCCACUGCCAGUGACCUGGAGAGUCCCGUGGUGUGGCCGCCGCCCCUCCCCCUCCCGGGGUGUGUAACUCAAGCCCCUGGCCUGUCACCCAGCGAGGGCAGAUCGUUUUCCUCUGGCUCCUCUUCCAGGCUGGGGACCACGGGGCCUGAGGAUGAAGCUGACCUCUGCACCACACUGGCCCCUGCCCUGCUUCCUCGUGCUGCUGCCCUGGCCUCUGGCUACACCGACAUCUACACCCCCUUGGCAGUGCCCGCCCGGGGAGGAGCCCGACCUGGACCCGGGGCAGGGCUCACUGUGCAGGUCCUGCCCCCCGGGCACCUUCUCCGCCUCGUGGGGCUCCAGCCCAUGCCAGCCCCACUCCCGCUGCAGCCUUCGAGGGAGGCUGGAGGCCCGGGCGGGCUCAGCGAUUCAAGACACACGAUGUGGAGACUGCCAGCCUGGGCGGUUUGCUCCUUCAGAGGUUCCCCGUGUUCCCUGCCAGCCAUGCUUCCAGACACCUCUGGGUCCUCGUGGCUGUGACGAGCGGAGAUGGCGGACCCGACGUGGCGUGGAGGUGGCAGUGGGGGCCAGCAGCACCAGGGAGACACGGCAGCCUGGGAACGGCACGCGGGCCGGUGGCCCCGAGGAGACGGCCGCCCAGUACGCGGUCAUCGCCAUCGUGCCCAUCUUCUGCCUCAUGGGGCUGCUGGGCAUCCUGGUGUGUAACCUGCUCAAGCGGAAGGGCUACCACUGCACUGCCCACAAGGACGUCGGGCCCGGCCCUGGAGCUGGAGGCAGCGGGAACAGCGCCGCCUACCGGGCUGAGGAUGCCAACGAGGACACCAUCGGGGUCCUGGUGCGCUUGAUCACGGAGAAAAAAGAGAACGCGGCGGCCCUGGAGGAGCUGCUGAAGGAGUAUCACAGCAGACAGCUGGUGCAGACCAGCCUCGGGCCUGCACCCAGGCUGCCGCCCGGACCUCCCAGCAUGCCGCACAUCUGUCCGCAUCGCCACCACCUCCACACCGUGCAGGGUCUGGCCUCACUCUCUGGCCCUUGCUGCUCCCGUUGCAGCCAGAAGAAGUGGCCCGAGGUGCUGCUGUCCCCUGAAGCUGCAGCUGCCACCACUCCUGCUCCCAGACUCCUGCCCAACCCCACCAGGGCUCCCAAGGCCGGGGCCAAGGCAGGACGCCAGGGCGAGAUCACCAUCUUGUCUGUGGGCAGGUUCCGCGUGGCCCGGAUUCCCGAGCAGCGGACAAACUCACUGGCCUCUGAGGUGAAGACCAUCACGGAGGCGGGGCCCUCGGGGGCUGAUUUCACUGACUCCUCACAACCUGGCCCCCCUGCCGAGCAGCGGGCCCUGCUGGGAAGUAGUGGAAGCCAUACUAAGUGGCCGAAGCCCCCAGCAGAGAAGAAGGCUGAGGAGAACCGCUAUGUGGUCCGGCUGAGUGAGAGCAACCUGGUCAUCUGAGGGACAAUCUUGUCUAAGAACACCGCAGGCCUGUCCUAGGAGGUUCUGAAGGCUUCCUGGAGGAGGUGGAGCUGCAGCUGGGCCCGAAAGGAUCAAGCAGCAAUGGCCCAGCAGACAAAACAGCAAGACCAAGGCCUGGAGGCGGGAGCGUCUGCCCCAGUGAGGAGGCAGGCCGGCAGGCACCGUGUCCGGGAGCAAGCUGAAAGUCCCACCCAUCCCUGCCGCCCAGUUCCUUCCCUGCAGGAUGCCCUUGACCCUGGGCCCUGGUCAGAUCCGAGGAGCCCACAGCACCCUCUGUACCACUAGGAGGCUAGGCCCUGACGGUGGGAAGGGGCCCUCUGCCUGGCACCCCUGGCCCCACACCUUGGUAAUUAGCCACCUCCUGCCUCAGUACAGGGCCCUCCAGCGGAUGUACCUCCCCCUCCUCUAGGGGCAGCACAGUGUGUGGGGCUGGGAGUCUGGAUUCCUGGGUUCUAAUCCUGGGCAAGUCCCUGGCCAUCACUGGGUCCAAAUUUUUCUGACUGUGAAGUCUCAGUGCCCAGGGCCUCUCCAGCUCGCUGCAGGAUCUGGGCUGGGUCACGUGGAGGGAGAGCUUGUCUCCUUGCCACCCCCUCCCACUAGUAGCUUUACCUGGCCUCAUUUUUGCUGCUUCCAGGGUGUCCAUCUUCAGGGUCCCCAAGGGGCUGCCCAUCCAUGGCUCUGCCGACAGAGGGGCUCAUGCAUGUGCCUGCCCCCACCCCGCUCUUUUUACUGAAACUGAAGAAACAGACUUGACCUGGGUGGGACUGUGCUGCAGCCCCAGCCUGCCCAGCCGCCCCCAAGAUACCGGGAGCUUCCGCUUCCGGGGGGAGGCGUGUGACAGGCUGGAGAGGCACCUCCGACCCAGGUGGUGCGUGUCCCUGUGGUGUCGGUGUCUGUCCCUGGCCUGGGCGGUGCGGGCAACAGCCCAGCCUGUCUCCACCCCAGUUCAGCAACCUGGUUAUUUAUGUGGGGCUGUGCAGGCACGGCCUCCCCCCACCCCAUGUCAUCCUUGUUCUUAUUUAUUGAAACUUGGCUGUUGUCCUGUCCUUGUGUCUCCACCCACAUCCAUCUGUUGAAUAAAAGGUGGGAUAGUGGCGUCCUGAGGAGCCUCUGCCCUGGUCGUCUGUCC